CUGGCAUGUUACAAGUGCUACUUCAGUGUGUCAGUGAAAUAACUUUAGUGAUGGAGAGGAGGGUUUUAGCCUUUAGGUACUACCUUCUCGUACUACCUACAGUACUAUGUACCUACCUACCUACUGUACCUCCUUGUAUUAUUAGCCUACUCGUCCCAUACUUUCACUUUCAAUCUUCAUUUUAUCAACUUGGACUUUUUCUUAAUUUUAUAAAUACCUACGUAGAUAACUAUUUCUGUAAAACGAACUAACUCCCUUACUCUCUUUGGUUCUUAUAUUUUUAACCAUUACCCCUCACUUGAAUAAAAAAAGUCUCUCAGUCUCUCUCUCUCCCCCCUCCUCCUCUCUCUUCUCUAUUCUAUAUUUACCAAUCUUCUAAGAGAUCUUUAUCUGGUCAACUGUGUGUACCAACAUCUCGAGAGUCGAGACCGAAUAUUAGCCGUCCCACUAAAGAUGGACCGAGAUGCAAUCCUCGCUGCUUCGAAGAAGCACGAUAUAGUUCCUGGAAGGUUUUACAAAUAUGGCACAGCAGGCUUUCGUAUGAGUGCCGAUCUCCUGGACGGUGUCACCUUUAGAGUUGGACUUCUGUCCGCUCUCCGAAGUCGUAAACUCAACGGCCAAACCAUCGGCGUAAUGAUCACCGCUAGUCACAACCCUGCUGUGGACAACGGUGUGAAGAUUGUUGACCCGAUGGGAGAUAUGCUCGAACAAGAGUGGGAAGUCCACGCUACGAACCUCGUCAACGCCCCAAGCCACGAAGAGCUUGUCGAUUACUUCUACAAGCUAGCCGACGCCCUCAAAAUCGAUCUGACCUCACCCGGUAAGGUCAUUGCUGGCCGAGACACCCGCCCUUCUGGCAAAACCCUCGUCACGGCCCUCGCCGACUCCCUGGCCGCUACGAAUACCGCCUACGUCGACUACAGGAUUCUCACGACCCCCCAGCUCCAUUAUCUUACCCGCUGCAUCAACACUGCCGGAACCCCUGGCUCAUAUGGUGAGGUCAGCGAGGUCGGGUAUUAUAAGAAGCUUGUCGAAGCUUUCUACCGCGCACUCCACGGACGCAAAGUUUCUGGGAAGCUAUCCGUCGACUGUGCCAACGGUGUCGGUGGUCCGAAGCUUGCCGAGUUCCUCAAACACCACGACUCUUCGAAAACAGGCUUGGAAGUCAGAGUCGCCAACGACGACGUUUUACGCCCCGAAGUUUUGAACCUGGACUGUGGUGCCGACUUCGUCAAGACGAGACAGCGAGCUCCAGCAAGUCCCAAGCCGGCCCCUGGAGAGAGGUGGUGCUCUCUAGACGGUGAUGCGGACCGUCUCAUCUACUAUUGGAUCGACCCGGAUACUGGUUUCUUCAUGCUUGACGGAGAUCGUAUCGCGACACUGGCCGCGUCGUUCAUUGCAGACCUUAUCCGAACUGCCGGCUUGGAAGGUCAACUUCGUAUCGGUCUCAUUCAGACCGCUUAUGCUAACGGCUCCAGCACGAAGUACGUCGAGCAACACUUGCAGAUCCCCGUAGUCUGCACGCCCACAGGUGUCAAGCAUCUUCACCACGCCGCCUGCUCGUAUGAUAUCGGGGUAUAUUUCGAGGCCAAUGGCCACGGUACCGUCCUCUUCUCUCAAGAUGCCCUACAGGUAUUCAAGACCAAAGAGCCUCAGUCGCCCGCGCAGAAGGACGCCCUCGAUACUCUCAGCGCCCUCGGAGAUCUUAUCAACCAGACCGUCGGAGACGCGAUAUCGGACAUGUUGAUGGUGGAGGUUAUCCUAGCCCACAAGGGAUGGACUUUAAGAGACUGGGCUAUGACGUAUCAGGACCUUCCCAACCGUCUCGUUCGCGUCGAAGUCGGUAACAAGGACCUCUUCCGAACAACCGACGCCGAGCGAAAACUCAGCCACCCCGAGCACUGCCAGGAAGAAAUUGAUAAAGUGGUAAAGAAGUACACCAACGCCCGGUCCUUCGCCAGGGCCAGCGGGACAGAAAACGCGUGCCGAGUGUACGCGGAGGCGGCUACGAGAUCCGAAGCCGACGAGCUUGCAAACAAGGUCGCCGCUAUAGUGAAGGCAUAUGGAGGCUAGUGGCUCGUAUGAUUUCUACUCAGCACUAGGUAUGGAUACAUGAUAGGAAAUGAUGUAUCGUAGACAAGUUUGCGGAUCUAAAAAGUUGGCGGUGAGGGUUUUUUUUUCUUCUUCUUUUAAGGGGGGUUUUGAAGCUAUAGGCUUGCGGAAGCGGGCUCUUAACGCAUUAUGAACAUACUUGACGAAAAUUAGCUAUAGCUGAAUGAUGAGUUAGCAAUAUUUUUUUUUGGACCUCCUGUUUUAAUUUUUCUUUUCUUUUUCUACACGUUGGGUAGGUCUGUUCUCUCCAACUUGGAAGGACAAGCUUAUACCUACCUUCCUCACACACUAACCGGGGAAACAACUGCUCUUGAUGCUUUUACGCCUACAUUGCACGCUUGAAAUGCAUCAUAAAGAUACUUUCGUUAGGAGCUAUGAGUUUCCAUUCAUUAGGUACCUACCUUGACUACCUUUUCGUUCACGAUCGU